AUGGCCACGGAGAGGUAUCGAAGGAAUUCUAUUGCUAGCUUAAAAUUGCCUAAUGGUACUGUGGUGACUGAUCAUUCACAAAUGGAGGUUGUGGGAUUGGAUGUUCUCACUAAGCCUUUUGAGAAGGAGGAAAUGGACGUGAUUGUCAAGCAUAUGCCAGUUGAUAAAGCUCCAGGUCCAGAUGGUUUUAAUGGUCUUUUCUUCAAAAGGAAGUUCAGGUGCAAAAAGGGUGUCAGACAGGGUGAUCCAGUCUCUCCCCUCCUUUUUGUCCUAGCUGCUGAUCUCCUGCAGACUGUAAUCAAUGACAUGUUCAGAAGGGGCAUUCUUCAGUUACCUAUACCUUGUCAUGAUCAGGAUUACCCCGUGAUUCAGUAUGCUGAUGACACCCUUAUUAUCUUGCCUGCGGACAAGGACCAUCUUAUAGCUCUCAAGGAUAUGCUCAGGGUCUUCUCUGUGUCCAUUGGUCUGGAUGUGAACUAUCACAAAUCCUUUAUUAUUCCCAUCAAUGUGGACACUGCUGUCAUGACUGAAUUAGCUUCUGCAUUUGGCUGCCAGAUUGGGAAAAUGCCAUUUACCUACCUUGGGUUGCCAGUGGGACCUACAAGGCCUAAAAUGGUGGAUUUUAUGCCAUUGGUUGAUUGCAUGGAGAGGAGAAUGACAGCUAGUUCAUCUUUUUUGAAUUAG